AAAUACGUUAACACUAAUUUAAUAGACAAGUUCGACAAUUCUACAGUUUAUUGAUCUUAAUACACACAGAUGCAGCUAAAAUACAUGGUAGCUGCUGAGAAUUACGUAAUAUCAAAAUUACCCAGACUUGAACAAACUGAAAAAUUAUAAUUACGAUGAUAUAAUGCAGUGAUGAUUCAGAGUCAUUUGUAUUUGAUGUAAGCGGCCGUAAUAUCAGACAUCAACAUGGCGACACCCGGAGAAGACGUCGAAGCCAAGAAAGCUUCUGUCACGUCUAAACUACAAGCUAGGGAAGAUGAAAGGCACAAUGUUAUCAAAAAACGAACCGAAGAAAAGCUUUCGAAUUCUUCAGAAAAAGAAAAUGUGGAUUUCUUUCUUGAAGGCAUUCAAAGAGAGAAAAGAGUAAUAGAAGAGUUUGUAAGUACUUGUGAAAGCUUGGAGAAAAGUACCCUGCCGCAUAAAUUCGAAGAAAUAUCGGUGUCUUUAGGGGAACUUCAGAAAUAUGUGACGGAAUCUGCUUUAUUUUUACCGGCUGCGGUUUUAAGAAGAGCUCAAAUUGAGAUAAAUAACCUGAAAAAUGACCUUCUGAACAAGAAGGAAGCUGUUCUUCCAAAAAAGAAAUUCGCUUUCAAAAGUAAGAAGAAAUUCUCAGAAAAAAUUAGAAGUGAUCCUACACCAAAAAUUGAGGAAAGCAAAACAGAUGAGCCGGCGAUUGGUCUUACUGAAUGUCAUUUCGCCGACCGAGAAAACGAAACUUUAAUCAAACAAGCCGAAGAAACGAAUAAAGAGGAUAUUCUUCUCACAAAGCUGACGGACUGUACCGUCAAACUCUAUGGAGCACCAUCAGCCGUCCAUGUUGACUUCCUAAAGAAUUGUAAAGUUUUCUCUGGACCCGUGUCUUCUGCUAUAUUUAUCAACGAUUGUUCUAAUUGUACCUUUGUGUUUGGCUGUCAGCAAUUACGCAUCCAUGAAAGCCACGAUUGUCACUUCUACAUCCAUGUCACUAGUCGGGCUAUUAUCGAAGAAUGCUCAGAAGUUGCCUUCGCCCCUUACAACUGGGACUAUCCGGAGAUAGAUGACCAUUACGAAUUGUCAGGGUUAAAUCGUUCACGUAACAACUGGAAUUUAAUUGAUGAUUUUAAUUGGUUAUCUACAGAUGUCCACUCACCUAACUGGACUUUGAUAGACGAAACUGAAAGAGUGGUGACAUGGCCUUCGUAACAGUAUAAAAGUUUAAAUAUAUUUUUUAAUAUUUUAGUGCAAUUAAUUGAACUGCUAUAAAAAUUCUUAAACUUUUAAAUGCCACCUGUCAAUUAUAUUCGCCGUUAGACUGUUAUUUUUCUUUUGUUACUUUUCGCUGAAUAAGCAGUCGUCGAUUUUUAUUGUUUUUCUCUCAGAAUUAAACUUCAAAGAAUUA